AUGGGGACCACGGGCAGCGCUUGCACACUUAUCGUCUGCCUGCUCGCGCUGGACGCGCUCCGCCAGACGAGGUCCGUGAAUGCUGAUUCCGCAGCAGAUGCCUUCAAAACCAACAUCACCCUGUUCACCCGGAUCCUGGACAGACUGCUGGACGGCUACGACAACCGUCUGCGGCCCGGGCUGGGAGACCGCGUCACUGAAGUCAAGACAAACAUCUACGUCACCAGCUUUGGACCAGUUUCAGACACGGAUAUGGAGUACACCAUAGAUGUUUUUUUCCGGCAAAGCUGGAAAGACGAGAGGUUGACAUUUGACGGGCCUAUGAACAUUUUGCCCCUCAACAACCUGAUGGCAAGUAAAAUCUGGACCCCGGACACGUUCUUUCACAACGGGAAGAAGUCUGUAGCUCACAACAUGACCAUGCCGAAUAAACUGUUGAGGAUCCAAGAUGACGGGACUCUGCUCUACACGAUGAGGUUAACGGUGCAUGCUGAGUGCCCGAUGCAUCUGGAGGACUUCCCCAUGGACUUCCACUCCUGCCCGCUGAAGUUUGGCAGCUAUGCUUACACAGUGUCAGAAGUAACAUACACUUGGACUCGAAACGCCUCUGAGUCGGUGGUCGUGGGAGGCGAGAGCUCCCGCUUGAACCAGUAUGACCUUCUGGGACAAACUGUGGGGCAGGAGACUAUCAAAUCAAGUACAGGUGAAUACACAGUCAUGACGGCUCACUUCCACCUGAAGAGGAAGAUUGGCUACUUCGUUAUCCAGACCUACCUGCCGUGCAUCAUGACCGUCAUCCUCUCCCAGGUGUCCUUCUGGCUGAACAGAGAGUCGGUGCCAGCGAGGACUGUGUUUGGUGUGACCACUGUGCUGACGAUGACAACGCUGAGCAUAAGUGCGCGGAACUCCCUCCCCAAGGUGGCUUAUGCUACCGCCAUGGACUGGUUCAUCGCCGUCUGCUACGCCUUCGUCUUCUCCGCUUUGAUAGAGUUCGCCACUGUCAACUACUUCACAAAGCGUGGCUGGGCCUGGGACGGCAAGAGUGUUGUCACUGACAAGAAAAAAGAGAGGACGUCGGUCUUCAGGAAGAACAAUGCCUAUGCUGUAGCGGUAGCCAACUAUGCACCAAAUAUCACCAAGGACCCUGUCAUGCUCCCAACGAUUGCCAAAGGCGGCGCUGCAGAACCUAACAAGGCCAAAGCUGAAGGCAAGACUCAAGAAAGCAAGAAGACGUUCAACAGUGUCAGCAAAAUUGACAGGAUUUCAAGGAUUAUGUUUCCAGUGCUCUUUGGCAGCUUCAACUUGGUGUACUGGGCCACCUACUUAAACAGAGAGCCAGUUCUAGAGGAUAUGGUCCCGUCACAUUAG